GCGAAAACAUCAAGUUAUUAGCUCAUUGAAAAAAUUAAAAAAACCCUCGAGAGAAGAUUUCAAACGCUCGUCCUCUCUGAGAAUUUUUACGGUUUUAUGUUCGUCAUUGCGAUUUUUAGGGCUUCUUGGAGUUUGUUGGAGUGGAUUAGAGAACAGUUUCACUAAAGCACUGUGCCUUGUUGGAGUAAUGUUUCUAAUCGUGCUAACUAGGAAACCAUAAGUAAUUCCACCUAUGAUUGGUAUGAGCUUGACCAUCAAUUGGCUCUUUAAAAGAGCCUUUAUUGGUCUUUUAAUGGUUGAACAGAGUAAUCUUUAAAGCAAAUUGAUCCCACCUUCCUGGUAUAGGAUCUAAAAUCGAAGUUCUAGGUGGAGGUUUCGAAUUGAAACUUGAAAGCUGGUUUGUGGUUGGCAUUAGAUUUGCAUCUCAUUGUUUAUUUGAAACUAUAGGCAGAUGUUGUUGUAAGGGUGUGUAAGAUGAAGGCUCAUACAAAUUUGAAAGCCAAAGGACCCAGCAGGGCUGGCACACAGCAAGCAAUUUUUGAGCUCAAGCAUCGGGUGGUUCUUGCGUUGAACAAGCUUGCAGAUCGGGAUACUUACCAGAUUGGGGUUGAGGAAUUGGAGAAAAUUGCUGAAGGUUUAACUCCAGAAGGGAUUGCGCCAUUUCUUUCUUGCAUCAUUGACACUGAUUCGGAGCAAAAGAGCACAGUUAGGAAAGAAUGUAUUAGGAUUUUGGGUACACUAGUGAGGUUUCAUGAGGGGCUUCUUGCACCACACCUUGGAAAGAUGGUGACUAGCAUUGUUAAAAGGCUCAAGGAUCCAGAUUCUGUUGUGAGGGAUGCCUGUGUGGAAACAAUGAGUGUCUUGGCUUCAAAAGUAAGCAGCUGUGGGGGAGAAAGUGAUGGGUUUUUUGUUGUUCUAGUGAAGCCUCUUUUUGAAGCCCUGGGUGAACAGAAUAGACAGGUGCAGUUUGGUUCUGCAUUAUGUUUGGCCAGGGUGAUUGACAAUUCAAAUGAUCCUCCAGUCUCCAUUUUGCUGCGUAUGCUGCCUCGAGUUAUUAAAUUGCUUAAGAAUCCACACUUCAUGGCAAAACCAGCGGUCAUUGAACUGAUUAGAAGCAUAUUGCAGGCAGGGGGUGCUCCAACACAAAAUUCAUUCUCUAGUGCAUUGACUAGCAUCCAAGAAGCUCUCAAAAACAGUGAUUGGACAACACGCAAAGCUGCUUCUGUAGCAUUGGGGGGAAUUGCUGUAAAUGGUGGUUCUUUUUUGGGAUCUUUCAAGUCUUCAUGCAUCCGUUCUCUUGAAUCUUGUCGUUUUGACAAGGUGAAACCAGUUAGAGAUUCAGUGCUACAGGCCAUACAGUACUGGAAAAGUAUUCCAGGGUCUGAUUCUCCUGAACCUUCAGAGGCAGGAUCUUCUACAAAAGAAAAUUUCUGUGGAGGUGACUACAGUGAUCUCACUAGUGCCAGUGAUGGUGGAUGGAAAGAUGUAACUUUCAAGAAAGUUAGUGCAAGGUCACUGAAGAAGAGAAUUCCCCUAACUGUCAGGAAAACAUGUUUAAAUAAUGUAGAAGAUUCUCAACAUUCCAAGGCAAAUGAUUGGCAUAUUGAAAUUGCUGUUCCAAAGACCCAUACUGUUUCAUUAGCUGAUACGCACAAUGAAGAAUCUGAGGGUAGUUGUGUAACUAAGACUUUUGAAAGAACAAAUGGGGAUGCUGCAGGAGGAAAGGAUGUUGGAUAUGAUUAUGCACCAAUUGAUGACAAACAGGAAUGCUCCUCUGUGUUGAAUCUAGUUACAAACUUUGAGAAUAAGCAUGUUACAGUUGCUCGUGAUAGUCUUGAGGGGGGUGGCGUGGUGCAGCCAGUGGGGAUAAAUCACCGGCCUGCAGCUGAAAAGAUUGUUAGUGAACAUCGAAAUUGUUCUGCAAGGAUAGAGGAAAGAAAGAGUUUGGAUUCUACCAUCACAGAAUUGAGCAAUGUCCAUGGAUGCUGUGCACAAACAGUAAAUGAAAUGGCCUUCAUUCGCAAGCAACUCUUGGAGAUUGAAAACAAACAAUCAAAUUUACUUGAUCUCUUACAGGUGUUUAUGGGGAACACCAUGGAGAGCUUGUCUAUGUUGCAGUCCAAGGUGUUUGGAUUAGAACAUGCAGUAGAUAAAAUAGCUCAAGACAUUGUUUACAGUGGGAACCACUCUAACAUGGCAAGUUCCAAGCUUUUGAAGAACUUAAGCGUCUCUUCUUCUCCAAGACUCUCCACUUGUAGUCCUAGGCCAUCUAUUGAUAUGAAUAAUAGACAGCCUUCCCUUUUGUCUAUGAAGAACCGGGAAGUUUGGGAAGAAGCAGUACCUACCAAAAACAGAUCAAGUGCUUCUAUCAAACAAGGGAUAGAGAUGUGGAGGGAUCCCACAUUGAACAUAAUUCGAAAUCCUAUAGCAAAAGGUGUCCAACAAAGCUUUCGACGUGUGCCUCAAAGUGGGGGAUGCUGUCAAACAAAAAAAACUGAAGAUUCUCAGUCUACCUUUGCCCGUAAUGCUGAUGACAGAAAAAACAGUUCAGAUAGUAAUAAUAACUCGUGGAAACGUGUAAAGGAUUUUCUAUGUGCAGGGGAUCUAGAAUCUGCAUUUAUGGAGGCUCUUUGCUCUGGUGAUGAUCUUAUUUUGAUUGAGCUUCUAGACCGAACUGGUCCUGUUUUGGAAAGUUUAUCUCAUGAGACAGUCAGUGAAAUCCUUAGCACCUUGUCAGCACAGUUUCUAGAUCAAAGAUACCUGGACUCCAUCAUCCCGUGGUUGCAGCAGGUGGUGGAUCUGAGCAAUACCCAUGGGCCGAACUACCUUGUACCUUCUGCAAAAGUAAGGAAAGAAUUCUUAUCUGCAAUACAGGAGGCAGCCACAAUGGAUUUUCUAAAUCCAGCAGAGAGGAGAUCCAUUACACAGCUUGCAAUGAAGUUGAGGCAACUCUGGGGAAAAUGCUCUUGAUAAUGAAGACACCAAAAUCAUGGGCAUUAACCUGGAGCCAGAUGUCCGCGGUUAUGUUUACUUGUGAAAAAGACGAUGAAAUUGUCUCAAAUCUGUGUAUGACCUUACAGUCUUGGAUUCAGCAGUAGUUCAUGAAUGGUUCAACAAAUGCUUUGUUUUAACGUGCAUUUUCAAAUUUCCAGUUAA